CCGGCCUCAUAUUAGAUGUGUACCAAUUAUAUAGCAUUAUCUAUUUUAAAAUGCCAUAAAAGUUAACCACAUAUCUUUAAAUACAAAGAGGUUGAUAUGACAAGUCUUUUUUUUUUUUUUUUUUUCUGAUUUUAUUUUAUGAUGUUAUAUGCACCUUGCCCUGACUCUUUUGGAAGCCUUUUUUUUUUUUUUUUAAACUUCUCAACAUUUUGAACUUCUAGAAGAACAAUAAAAAAAGUUCUAUUGCAAGAAACGUGAAGUGUACCAAUCAUUCAGACUUCUAGAAGAUUGAUGGCUCGCAAACCCAACGCGUGGGCUUUACAACCUUCUCUCCUCCCCUCCGCUCUAUAAACCAACCCAUCCAACUCCAAAUCCUACGCGAGCGCUCUCCAUUACUAAAACUAAAUCAUUUCUCUCCACAAGGCGAGAAAAGAAGAAAUCCAAUGCUUUCUCUCUCCUCUUCUUUCCCUUCUCUCUUGCAUCCGCUUUCUCCUCCUCCUCCUCUUUGCAGACCCUCUUUGUUUUCUACUCAUCGAAGGAGGACUGCUCUGAGGGUCUCGGCGGCGGCGCUGCCGCAGUGUGCGCCUGCGGGGACGAUGUACGAGCUGCUGGAGGUGGCGGAGACGGCUGAGCCGGCGGAGAUAAAGGCGGCGUACCGACGGCAGGCGCGGAAGUGGCACCCGGACGCCUGCCGCUCCGCCUGCGAGAAGCCCUUCUUCGCGGAGCAGUUCAUGCGGGUGCGCGCGGCCUACGAAGUCCUCUCCCACCCCGUUCUCCGCCACGACUACGACCUCGCUCUCCGGGCCGUCGGCAGCGGCGCUGGGGUUAGGUUGGGGGGGCGAGAAAGUUUCGGGGAUUGGGAGGUCCAGUUGGAGGUGCUCCAGAGGAGGAUGGCCCGGGCCGGGCGGGAGGCCACUUGGGCGAGCAGGAUGAGGAGGAGCGCCGCCCAUCGCUCUGCCUCCGUAGUCUGAUUUGACUCAUGGUCCGUGCUCCUAUCAAUUUCUGGAUGGUGGAAAGCAUUCCCAACGAUGAUCAUUUCUAAGCAUAGAUUUGAUAGAGUCGAAUUUUUGUUUCAGUUCAAGUAUUUGAGUGGAUUUGCAGAGGUUUAGUUAAUAAAAGCGCGGCGUGCAGAUAAAAACACAUAAGCAAUGCACGACCUCAA